UAACAUCUAAGCGCCUGCGUAUCAUCCAUCGCAUUCUGCCAGAGUAGCUAAUUUUCUGUCUUUCUAGAGAGAAAGAGAGAGAGAGAGAGGAGGGAGAGAUGGCUGAUGAAAAGAGGAAAGACGGAGGAGCAGUGUUCUCCUCUUCCUCGUCAUCCUCCUCUACCAAACAAUCCUCAGAGCAAAGGAAAGUGAUUAUAAAGAGCGCUGAGAUGAAAGACGACAUGCAGAAUGAAGCCAUUGCCUGCGCUAUCUCUGCAUUCGAGAAGCACAGCGUCGAGAAGGACAUUGCUGAGAACAUCAAGAAGGAGUUUGAUAAGAAGCAUGGUUCCACCUGGCAUUGCAUCGUCGGCCACAAUUUCGGUUCGUUUGUGACUCAUGAAACAAACCACUUCGUCUAUCUCUAUUUGGAUAAAAAGGCGAUCUUAUUAUUCAAGUCCGGUUGACGAUGAUGACAAUGCUGACGAGGAAGACAGCAAAUGCAACCAGCACACUUCCAAUGUGUCAAUUGAAAGCUUUGGCGUCGGUCAAAGUUUUGCUUGUAAAAGCCCCAUCCCUGCACUUUUCCAUGUGAAUAAUCCUAGUCAGCACUUUGAUAUUCUAGCAGAGUGUGAUGGAUGAUAUGCAAGCACUAAAAUUGCAUACGUGGCGUGUAAGUAGUUCAAAUGAAAGGGUCCAAAUUAAUGAUCCCAGUUUAGAUGCAUCAUGAACCCAAAGUUGCACUUUUUUCAUUGUAUGACUAUUGGAUUGGUGGAUA